AUGACUCACAAUACGUCCAUUAUCGCUGGGUUCGCCGGAAGCGAUUUUCCUCCACUCGUAUUCCCUUCUAAUGUUGGAGAAUCCGGUCUCGUUGGUUCGAAAGCUUUCAAGAAGCGAUUUCAGUUUGGUUUGACUCAUCCGAUUAAAAACGGAAUCAUCUCUGAUUGGAACUCCAUGGAGAUCAUCUGGGACCAUGUGUUCACAGAGCUCAACGCCGAUUCGAAGGACCAUCCCGUUUUUCUCACGGAGUCUCCACUCACUCCAAAGGAAAACCGGGAAAAAAUGACUCAAAUCAUGUUCGAGACUUUCAAUACUCCAGCCAUGUACGUUGCUAUGCAGCCUGUCAUGUCCCUUUUCGCUUCGGGACGCAUCACUGGACUCGUACUCGACUCUGGUCAUGGCGCCACCCACACCGUUCCAGUCUACGUCGGAUAUGCAAUCCCAAGUGCUAUCUGCCGCAUGGAACUGUCUGGAGGAGGUCUCACCGAGUAUCUCCAAAGACUUCUCACGGAAAGAGGCUACUACCUCACAAGCAGUGGAGAGCGUCAGGCUGUGCAGGACUUGAAGGAAAAACUCUGCUACGUCGCUCGGAAUUUUGCAAACGAGAUGAAACCCAUAUUCAUGACUCCACCGCUGGCCUACGAACUUCCAGACGGACAAUUCAUCAUGAUUGGGGACGAACGAUUCCGCUGCUCAUAG